UAUUUUUCUCUCUCUUUUUCUUUUACAGCUUAAUUUAGAAGCAAACGCAACGCGAAUUCAUCAAAUUAAAUAAGUGAGAAAGAGCGAGCGAACGGCAGAGAAAGAGAGAAAGAGAGAGAGAGAAAGAAAAACAAAUAGAAAAUCGCGUAACACUUUUCAAACGUAUUUUCGGAUGAAGUAAUUUUGGAUAUUUAGAAAAUUGUUUUUUUUUUUUAUUUUUUUUAUUUUUAUUUAUUUAUUGGUAAGAAAAUUAUAAUUAAGGAACGCAAGCAACAAAAAAAAAAAAAAAAACAAUAAAGUAUUUGUUGAAGAAACGCUUUCGUGCUCUCUAUACGUACAUGUUUUGCCGAUAAAAUACGUUCCAUAACUUUUGGUUUUGUCUUCAUUAAUAACGUCAUUUGGUGCUCAACUUGGAUUAUAAACGUUCAGUACCCGUUUAGGAGAACGUCAUUAUUAUUGUUAUUCGAUGCGAUUUUGUUAAAUAAAUUGACGCUUAAUUAGAGCAACAACAAAAAAAAUAAAAAAAUUAAAAAAAAAAAGGAAAAAAAACAAAAACAAAAACAAAAAAAUUUUUGCAACAACCAAAGUAAGGCUGAUUACUUAACGCGUUUGUCUUAAAAUUUCAAGCGGUGGAGAAACAAAAUCAACAAAAAAAAUAAAAUAAAAUAAAAAAAAAAAAAAAACACAUAUUUCAACAAUCUAUAUGUGACGUCAUCAUCGCUAACACAUCAACGAUACGAAAACAAUACAACAGCACUAUUAGUUAGCUCUUAUAAAGAAUAGUUGAGCGAAGAGGUAGAGGGUGAAAUUAACGGAAAAACGCGAUCGCGAUAAAGAAGGAGGUGUGUGGCGUGCGACUGUGUGUGCGUGUUUUUAGCACAACAUCAAUAUGCUGGAUGAUGAUAAUAAUGAUUUGGUGGCUGCGGCAUCAGAAAUACAACGUGAUCGUUUGUAUUUUGUGGCCUUCAAAAAGAAUUUCAAACCGAAGAACACCUUCAAUACACAUUAUUUUAGCAUAGACGACGAUUUUGUAUAUGAGAAUUUCUAUAAUGAUUUUGGGCCGCUUAAUAUAUGCAUGCUGUACCGUUACUGUGAAAAAUUAAAUGCCAAAUUAAGUGCUAAAACACUGGCCAACAAAAGAAUUAUUCAUUACACUUCUAUGAAUCCGGCUAAACGAGUAAAUGCUGCAUAUUUAAUGGGAGCGUAUUGCGUUAUUUAUUUGAAUAGAACACCCGAGGAAGCGUAUCGUCCGUUAGCAGGCGGCGACAUACCAGCAUAUACACGCUUUUGUGAUGCUUCUUAUGGGCCAAGUGGCUACAAAAUAUCACUUAUUGAUUGCAUACAUGCCAUAUUUAAAGGAUUGAAGGCUGGCUUCUUCAAUUUCGAUGAUUUUGAUGCCGAAGAAUAUGAAUACUAUGAGCGUGUAGAGAAUGGCGAUUUCAAUUGGAUUGUACCGCAGAAAUUCAUCGCAUUUUGCGGUCCGCAUCAGAAAUCAAAAACUUUACCGAACGGAUAUCCCUGUCAUUCGCCCGAAACCUAUUUUGAGUAUUUUCGCUUAAACCACGUAACAACGGUAAUACGUUUAAAUGCCAAAGUGUAUCAUGCCUCUAGUUUUGAAAAUGCCGGUUUCGAGCAUAAGGAUUUAUUUUUCAUUGAUGGUAGUACGCCGAGCGAUUUGAUAUUGAAAAAAUUCCUAACAAUAUGUGAGACAACGAAGGGUGCAAUAGCAGUGCAUUGUAAAGCUGGUCUUGGACGCACUGGUAGCUUAAUUGGAGCUUACAUAAUGAAACAUUAUAAUUUUACCGCAUUGGAAGCAAUAGCAUGGUUGCGCUUAUGCCGACCCGGUUCGGUUAUUGGUCACCAGCAGCAAUGGAUGGAAGAUAAGCAAGCUAUGUUAUGGUCAGAAGGAGAACGCAUGCGUAAACGUUUGGGCAUCGGUAUACCUACGCAUAGAUAUGGUAUUUAUAGCAUAGACUAUAAAACCUGUUCUUCCUCUAUUGCUAGUCAAUCGUCUAAUAUUGAAAAUAAAGAAUUGCUGAAAAAGGUCAACACAAUGCGUUUGCAUGAAGUUAACGAUACGGAUAAUAUUGAUAAUCGAUUGAAAUCCUUCGAUGCGUAUGAAAAUGGCAAUAAAUCAGCACCACGUCUAUUAAUGGCAGAAGAUAAAGUGGACAGCGGCACCGUAACACCACCGACUAGUGCCAGUGAUAAUGAUGUCACCGAAACGGAAGAAGAAUCGACCGCUUCCACUAUCAAUCAUAAAUACCAUAUAGCAAGAAGACGUAAAUCUCCCAUUUUGUUGGCUAAAAAAGCUACAACAACUAACAGCCUAUCUGUACAGCGUACAGAUUCGUCAAUUUCUAAUCAAAGUGGACCGCGUAGAAUUUCAGCUGGUUCAGCUGAACAAUCUACAAACACACAAAUGGAGAAGAAAGUGAGAAAGCCUCCUAACCUAUCGCAUGAAGUGACGGUGCAAAGGCCUACUAUUGCGUCGACGGUGAAAAUGACACAAACGGCUAUUGAAAGGAGAACUGGUCAAACACAAGGAGAUAAACUAAAUCAAAUUAAAGCCAUGCGUCGUCAACAUAACUCCAGGCUAUCUGCUGGCUCCGGAUCUGGGGAAAAUGAGAACACUUUACGUGCACGGGCGCGUUCACAACCGUUUCGCAAUAACAACUUGGUAAAUGUUUUAACGAAUACGGCAGCCGGCACUGAGAUGGACGGUAGCGGUAACGGUGGUCUAACUGUUAAAUCUCCUGACAUUGAUUGCCUGCAAACGGCACAAACCACAGUGAACAAUCUAAUACUCCAUAAUAAUCAUCCUAACAUCAACAAUAAAACAUAUAAUUUGUGUAAUAUUAAUAACAACAACAUCAACAACAAUAACAAUAAUAAUAACAUAAUAUCGACAAUAACACCAACUAGCACACCAACAGCGUUGGCAGUCGACAAUACUACUGCUAUGACAACACGUGCUCGCAGUCUAGCCAUAUACAGUAAAAGAAUUGGUUUAAUGCAUUUGCGCAAAGCAGAAGCUCAACAUCAACAGCAAAGCGAUACGACUAAUGUCACUGCUGCGACAAAUAGCAUUAACAAUAAUAAUAAUAAUAAUAAUAAUAAUAAUAAUGACAACAGCAACAUCAGAUCGAACUUAAACGAGACAAUGGUUUGUAAAACGGCAACACCAAUAACAGCGCACGAUGUAACUGCUCCUACACUGAGUAGCAUUAAUAAACAGAUUAAAACAUAUAAUAAUACUUUGAUAAGUUCCUCAACCAAUGAAAGUAAAAUACCGAUGGUGCGAGCAACCGCUGCUCUAAUCGAUUUGAAUUCUACUGUGGGCGGUGUAGUUGGCUCAGCAGCCACCAUACCUCCGUCACGUAGUUCAAAUCGAUUAGCAGCUUUGGCGGGAGUACCUAUGUCACAUCAUCAUAUGACUUUAAGAGGACGGUCGCGUAUACGUUAUCUUCAUCGGUAUACCGCGGAUGGAGGAACAGCAGCUGCCGCUGCUCCUCCUUGCACGAUAACCACAGCCAGAUAUUAUCGUGAUGUUUCUGCUCUGCCAACGGCAAUGCGCACUACGGAUCGUAGUAAUGGUGACGAUGGUGGUGGUGACACUGGUGGUGGUGGUGGUAACAAUCUGACAGCACGCUCCUCUUCUGUUAAUUUCGAUUUAAAUUCAAACAAAUUGCCCGCUACAUCUACUCAGAGCGUUAUAAAUGCGGUCAACAUUAACAACAACAACAACAACAACAACGUCGCCGAUGGCAACAAUAGCAAUAGCAGUAAUUGUAAUAGUAGUUCUAAAACAAAAUUGAGAGAGUAUCGCGAUUUAAAAAAUUCUAUAACAGAAAAAAAGUCGUCCAAUCAUUCGAAUUCCUCCUCCGAAGCCGACACUUUAAAAUCCCUCUCGAAUAAUAAUUUAAACACAGAUAAUAAUAAUGAUUUAAUAGAAACAACAACUACAACUACACUGUGUUCUUCUUCACUUUCAUACACAUCGACAUUUUCACCUUGCCCUUCGACGCCAACUUUCUCAACGCCGCCGCCCCUUUUAACAACUCGUCAUUUAGAUACAAAUCGUCUUAGUCGCAUCUCGCAGCGAACAUCAACAGCAACAGGUAUAAGCGGUAUACCAUGCAGUAGCUCUCACUUCCGGUCCCCAGUUGCUAUGAAGCGUAAUAAACGUUCGUUGAGUAGCACACGCAUCGAAAAAGACAAAUGCGAUGAGUACAAUAAUAAAUUGUUAAGAAAAACGAACAAUAAUAACAAUAAUAAUAAUAACAACAACAACAGCAGCGGUGGUGGUGGUGGUGUCAAUAACAAUACCAUAAAUCCCGAUAAUAUCAAAGCUAAUACGGAUAACAAUAACAUCAAUAAUAAUGCCAAUAGUUCAACUAUCGGUGGCAGCGGUCAGGGUAGCUUUCGUUCACGAUAUCGUAACACAACAACAACAACACCAACAACAGCAACAAGUCAUUUAGAAUCAGUAUCAGCAACGGCCUCUUCGACAUCAUCAGCUUCUACAUCUGGUAUACCCACACCCACCAAUCAAGGUUUGCAUUUAACACGAUCGUCCAAAUAUUCAAACACAACCGAACGUGAAAAUUCUACAAAUCCAACGCAGCAACAGCGUUUAUCUAUGAAGUUACGUAAAAAAAUUAGUUACUAGAAUUUGUGGUCUAGACCUAGUCAUAGGCCACUCAAAUUUCAGAAAAGGUAAGAAACUUUAAAUCGAAAACGAAUAUAUGUUGUAAGGAAAAAGAAGAAUCACUUGAACUCAGUUGUAAAAACCGAAGUCGCUGUCGAUAUUUGUAAAGUAUUUUUAUUUUAUUUUUUGUUUUUUUUUUUUUGCUUUAAAUCUUAUUAGACAAUUUUUUUUUAACAACUCAGUUGCUUGUUAACAAGAUCGUUGCACUAAUGCUGAGAGAGUUUGCAUUUUAAUGUGCAACUGUUGUUUUUUUAAUUCUGAGGAAGGCAUAAUCAAGACUCAUGUUUCUUUUAAUUAUUUUGAACCAGCAAGUAAGCCUGUUCUGAAGAGACGACUCUUCAAUUUUAAUGCAAUCAAGAAGUUUAUAAUUCUAUCGAUCCUAUUAGCCAAAGGGGUGUCUUACGGAAGCAGAAAAUGAUUUUCGAAAAGAAUUUUGAAAAUUUUCCACAUACCAGGACUGUUCGAAAUAUCUCCGACCUAAGUAAGGGAAAAAUAUUUAUUUAUUUAUUUAUUUAUUUUUUUUUUUUUUUUUUUGCAACUUUAUGGGUGAGUGCAAUUUCCCUUUUCGGCACAUGUUUGAAAGGAAGACUUUUUCAAAAUCCAUAAAGUAUACGCAACUUUCCACAAUGAGACCAAACCAAAUCUAAGUGAAACUUUUUCCCUUUUAAGAUUUACCAAUAGAUAAUACUUACGCGGAAUAUUAUGGGACGAGCGGUACAGUAUGUUAGUUCAAUCUGAAAUAUCUUUACUGAUAAUACAUUUCGAAGGCCAACUUGAAGGCAUAGUUGACGGUUAAGUUUGGUGCAAAAUACUUAUUAAUUAUUGCCAAAGAAAAUAAUAACUGAAUACAAGUUACGUUAAAGAAGAAGAUAACAGUUAAGCAUCUAGACCGACCCAUUCCAUUAGAGCGAAUAAUUCUUAUUAGGGAAUUCCCAAGAAAUUCCUUAGUCUAACGGCUUUUCUUAACGUUAAUCAAAUGUAGGUUAAGCCAAGCCGGCCAAUACUAUAUCAACGCUUUCAAAUUUUCGUAUCGAGCUCUGUGCAUGUGAAUGUACAAAGUAAUAAUGUUUAGCAAAACAAUGGAAGAACUCCUCACUGUUAGCCCAAUGCGAGCUGUCUUAUUGCUUAAGCCAUCAAUUCGCCCGCCUUUAGCUGCGACUGUCUAAGAGCUCUAUCCUUUAGGACCAAAAUCGGCCAUUGACACUAAUGAUGAAUGAAUGAUGACAGUUCAGUUAUAGAUUUUCCCAGAGUGAAUAGUCCUUGAUUAGUGAACCAUCUUUUGCCGUAAGCAAGUUGCUUCGCCUUUAAUUAAUGGCUGUAAAAUUCAUGUGCUGGCACAUAAGCUAGCUCAGCAAACGUUCAUCACCAAUGCUUCGCAUAUUUUAACAUACGCUCUUGGUUGCAGCGUGACGGGUUGAAAUGAUAGGUAUUCGGAGAUGCUACCAACCUUUAUAUCGACAUUCUUUUGCUUUCGAAAGUAUUACUUAUAACAGGAGCCUUAAAAACGCAAACUUGACACAUUCAAUUAAUCGAUAGGAUUUUCGAAGUGACAAACAUUACAUAUAUUUGCCGAUCAAUUAUUGUUUUUAUUGUAAAAGAUGUAAAGCUAAAUGUAUGUACAUUAGUUAUAAAAAAAUUUUGUAGCAGCUUUUAAAACAAAACUUUCUUAAAAAAAGUACAGUGAAACAGUUAAGGAGAUGAAUUAAUUUCUUUCGUGUUCUCGUUUUCUCCGCUUUCAUUUAUAUCUUCGGAAGCUGCAGUUAAUUCUUAAAAACCUAAAGAUAGAUUUCGUUCAAGAGAUUUUCAUUUGUUAGUUACAAGUAUCCAUAAUGUUUGGGUAAAAAAUUCAUUCCACCGCGAAAGAAGGAUAACUUUUCUAAGGAACAAUUAAAGUAAUUUUUGAUAUUUAAGAAAUUACUCAAGAUUUUGCUUAUUAAGUAAGCGAAUAAUGAUGUGGCGCCACAUUCAAACAUUGAUACCAUUUCUUAACUAAUCAAAUAAAGAGUAGAGUGGUAGAGCAUUUUUCACUAGAAAAUCACUGCCUUUUUGUAUAUCGCGUACUACUUGCUUCCUCUCUUUGCCCAAUUUCGGCAUCGCUAUCGAUUUUUAUUAUUCAAUAGGUUAUAGUACACUACGAAGUACCUUGCUACUACCAAUAACAAGAGCUCUCAACUUAAAAACAUGAAUAUUCAGCGGCGGACGUAGCGAUAUUUGUUACAGUUAAAGGAAGGAUGAACGACUUGCGUGUGAUGUAAUUACCCACAAGACUAUGCGAAAUUUCUUCUUCCGAAGCUUUAAGAACAGCACAUCAAGUAGUUCUUGCCUUCAAUACUGCAACUAAUUUCACUCACUGCCCGCAUGAGGCGUCUUCAAUUAUUGAUCUUUCAGUUUAAUACCUUUCCGGAUAUAUCUUUAAAAUAUUGAUAUGGACUUUUCUACAAUUUCUAAUUUUCAAACUUCUCUAUGCUCUUUGCCCCUAACUUUACCACGAUAAAUUCUUUCCGACUUGUUCGGUUGGACGGAGCAUAUGUCUGCUAAACCGUCUUUAAUAUUAAAUAAAUUUAUAAAAUUUCAAAAUUAAUGGAAAAAACUAUAUCCUAGAUCUCGGUCGCAUGAAGUAUUCCAUUCUCCAUGCUUCUUACUUUUUCUACCUUACGUCACUUAUGAUAUAAGGGUCUAUUAAGCUGACAGAUCCAGAGUAACUUAAUAUAUAUCCAGCUUUUAUUGCAUCGAUCGAUUCAGAAUCACUUUCUGAAUUGACCUAGGCUUGUCUGU